GAAUCUGCGUUUUCCAGACCAGAUUGCCUCCCCCUUGGUCCUGCCCUGCAGGGUUUUGGCAGUUGUGAGACUGUUCAGUGAAUCCUGGGGCCACAGUCUUGUGGUUCACCCUGCUGCUCCGCUCUGCCGCUGCCUACUUUCUCGGCGGGUUCUGCCCCCUCCUGCAGAGUUUCCAUAUUUGGCUAUUUCAGAUUUACUUUCUCCUAACUCAAGUUAUCUCGCUGUGGCUGCAGGGCGGCUCCCGGCGAGCGCUGAUGUAGGUGGAGGGAGGCGUGGCUCCCCGCCCAGGCGGUCCCUGCAGCCGCACCCUUUUCAGCCCGGGGCUCUGACCCGUCUUCUGUGAGGACAGGGAUCUAGUAACCAAUUUAAUUCAGUAAAUAUUUAUUGGGCACAGGUGCUGUGUGGCUGGGGCUCGUGGAAUACGGUUUCUUCCUCCAGGGGCGUUUGCAUUUGAAAAGGGCUCUGGAAGACAAGAUGCAAACACAGUGAAGAGUAGAACAAGCUGGUCCGUGCCUGUGAGGGAGUUUUAGGCCGGGAAAGGCCAGGUCGGACCUCCCAGAUCCGGAGUGCUGCGGCCGCUGUGCCCUUCUCACUUGGCGGAUGGGAGGGUGUUAGCGCUGUGGCUGGUUUGGGUGAAAACCACACCUGAACUCUCCUCCCCCAGUUCUCCAGUUUGCACAGGACAGACAUUGCCCGGGGAAAGAUAGAUGUGACAUGCAAGCAGAAAGUAGCCAGCCCCUGUAGACUCUUUCUUGGUUUUCUUGUUGUUUUGUUUUAAACUCUGCAGAAUGGGUUGGCCCUCAUCCUGGAACCUCCCUCCCCUGGUCCUAGACAGAAGCAGAAGAAAGUCUCCUAUCUGAGCCAGCCUCUGGAUGUCCUGCUGGAGGGGUGGUGAUGGAGGAGGUGAUUUUCUCAAGUCCUCUGGGCUGAGGGCUGAGGCAAGGGGAGUAGGAUGGACAGUGUGUCCAUCUGUCAGCAAGCCAUCCCCUGAGUCCCCAUUGGCCAUGGGUGGCAGGGCAGUGGGAAGAAGAGGGAAAGGAGAGGAGGCCCCAUCCACUGAAAGUACCAAGUGCAGUAAGUGGGCUGUUUCAGUGGGGGUGGGGGGGUGAUGUGCAGAGCGAGGGAGCUGGGUGCCUCUGAGUCAGUCUAGUCAGGCUAGCUGUGGGAAAGGCUCGUCGGUGUUUAGACAAGCAGACCUUCUGUGAUUAUCUCAGCUUCACUGCGGAGGACCCUGAAGAAAAAAUGGCUUAUUCUGAGGAGCAAGGAGGUGUCCCCUGUGGUUUCAUCCGCCAAAAUUCUGGCAACUCCAUUUCCUUGGACUUUGAGCCCAACACAGAGUACUGGUUUGUGGAGCAAUUAGAAGAACGCUACAAAUGUGCCUUCUGCCACUCCGUGCUGCACAACCCCCACCAGACAGGCUGUGGGCACCGCUUCUGUCAACACUGUAUCCUGUCCCUGAGAGAAUUAAAUGCAGUCCCACUCUGUCCUGUAGAUAAGGAGGUUAUCAGAUCUCAGGAGGUGUUCAAAGACAAUUGCUGUAAAAGGGAAGUCCUCAAUUUAUAUGUGUACUGCAAAAAUGCUCCUGGAUGUAAUGCUAAGAUUAUUCUGGGACGCUACCAGGACCACCUCCAGCAGUGCCUGUUUCAAGCUGUGCAGUGUUCUAAUGAGAACUGUCAGGAACAAGUCCUUCGGAAAGAUCUGAAAGAACAUUUGAGCGCACGUUGCCAUUUUCGAGAGGAAAAGUGCCUUUAUUGCAAAAAAGACGUGGUAGUAAUCAGUCUGCAGUAUCAUGAGGAAAACCUGUGUCCCGAGUACCCAGUAUCUUGUCCCAACAAGUGUUUGCAGAUUAUUCCAAGAACUGAGGUGGAUGAGCACCUCACUGUGUGUCCUGAAGCUGAGCAAGACUGUCCCUUCAAGCACUACGGCUGUACUGUGAAGGAUAAACGGGGUGUCCUGCAGGAGCACGAGCAUUCAGCCUUACGGGACCACAUGCUUCUGGUUUUAGAAAAGAACUUCCAGUUAGAAGAACAGAUUUCUGAUUUAUAUAAGAGCCUAGAGCAGAAAGAAAGUAAAAUCCAGCAGCUAGCAGAAACUGUAAAGAAAUUCGAAAAGGAGUUCAAGCAGUUUGCACAGCUGUUUGGCAAAAAUGGAAGCUUCCUCUCAAACAUCCAGGCUCUCUCCAGUCACAUUGACAAGUCAGCUUGGCUAGAAGCUCAAGUGCGCCAGCUACUGCAGACGGCCAACCAGCAACAAAGUAAAUUUGAUCUGAGGGCUUUGGUGGAAACGAUUGAUACGGUGAAACAGAAAAUCACUCUGCUAGAAACCAAUGAUCAAAGACUAGUUGUUCUGGAAGGGGAGACUAGCAAACACGAUGCCCACAUUAAUAUCCACAAAGCCCAACUGAAUAAAAAUGAAGAGCGAUUUAAGCUGCUAGAAGGGGCCUGCUAUAAUGGCAAGCUCAUCUGGAAGGUGACAGACUAUAAGAUGAAGAAGAGGGAGGCGCUGGACGGGCACACGGUGUCCAUCUUCAGCCAGCCCUUCUACACCAGCCGGUGUGGCUACCGGCUCUGCGCUAGAGCGUACCUGAACGGGGACGGCUCCGGGAAGGGCACACACCUGUCGCUGUACUUCGUGGUGAUGCGAGGGGAGUUUGACUCCCUGUUGCAGUGGCCGUUCAGGCAGAGGGUGACCCUGAUGCUUUUGGACCAGAGCGGCAAAAAGAACCACAUUAUGGAGACCUUCAAGGCCGACCCCAGCAGCAGUAGCUUUAAAAGACCUGACGGGGAAAUGAACAUUGCGUCUGGCUGUCCCCGCUUCGUGGCGCACUCCACUUUGGAGAAUACCAAGAACACCUACAUCAAAGACGACACCAUGUUCCUGAAAGUAGCUGUGGAUUUAACUGACCUGGAGGACCUCUAGUCCCUGUGUGGGGUGAUGAAGGGCGUGCCGGGCCAGAACCACGGUGGAGGAUACCUGUGAUUAUCAUAUGGAUGGACCAGAGCUCAGUACACAUUUGUAGGGGCUUGUCGCCCCUGAUGUUUGAAGUCAGUUUAAAAACUUCUCAAGCGCUAUCUGCUUUUUACAUUUUACUCUGUCCCAUUUUGAAACUUAAAACACUUAGACUAUCCUCAUUAUUUAUAUUUUUAUCUCUCUUAAAAGAUGUCAAGUUUCUUGAAAGCAAGGUCUGGGGCCUCUCUCUUUUACUGGUGCUUGGCAUGGUGUCUCAGAGCAGGCACUGUGUGGAAUGUUACCGAGGACACAGAGGAAGAAUUGAAAAUGCCCCAGCAUUUUAUUAUUUGGCCUGCUGAUUCUAGACCUGACCAUAAGCCUGCAAAAGCCAUCUUUCAGGAUAGGCUGUCCCCAUUACACAGUUGGGUGGUGUGCUUUCAAAGACAGUAGGCCUGGUUUGGACCAGAUUUUAUUUGGUCCAGUACUAAAUUUGUGGAAAUCACUAUGCCUCUAAACAUUUUCAUUAAAAAUUACCAGUAGUCAGCAAGUACAGUUUUGCAAGGCUGCAUUAGAACUGGUGAAUAGAGAGAUUUUCAUUCUUCCUGUUGAUUGUGUAGUGUGUGUGUGUGUGUGUGUGUAGAGAUAGAGUACAUACAUAUAUAAAUGGAGAUAUAACCAUCCAACUAAAGGUCAUAUUUUAUUAGGUUCAACCAUGUGAAAAAAACUAUUUUCAUACAUCAGAAAAGGUUAAGUAUUAACAGUUUCAUGAGGUUCAGUUCGGUAAAUAUAUAUGUACCUGUAUAUGUAUACACCUAGUUUAAAGGUAUUUUGUAAUAAUAGUAAGUUAAUGUGAGGAUGGGCAGCAUUUAGCAAAUGACAGAGAAAAUGUCGUAAAUGAAUAAGGGAAAUUUAAAACCUAGGGAGAACACCAUGAUUAUGCCGAUGGUGUCAAAAGUAUUCUCAUCCCAAACUGAUUGCGAAAAGCAGUAUCUCCUAUUCUUUUUGAGAGAACUUUUGAAUUCACAAAUUGGUAUAAAAAUGGGCAUUUAUAUAAACUUGUGACUUUUCUUGUCAAAGUUGUGAGUACUUUGUGAAAACAGAGAUGAUUAUAUUCUUAGGCAUCUGUCUGUGUGGGUCUCUCUACCAGGAUGUAUAUAUAAGUCAAAAUGAGUCCUUCUGUCUGUUGUUAACCGUAAGCUGAUCAAAAAAAUAACCAGUUUUCCUGAGCCACGUCAUUGUUACGCAAUCCAGUGUUCACUCACACUCAAGCUGGCUCCCUUGAGUGUGUGAGGGCAAAGUGCCAUGGGCUGAGAGCCCCUUAAUGCAGCUCCUCAGGUGUUGACCACGCACCUUACACCUUCUGAACAGUUGAAUCUGAUAGAAGAAACGUGAUUUUUAUACCAGUAGCUUCUGGAAUAAUUGGAACUUUCUUAAUCUCUUCUGCGAAAUUUUUUAAGAUGCUAAAGACUCGUCAUUGCAGAAAUCAUGCCAAAGGCUUAAAUUCAAAGAUGUUCGUUCACAACGGAAGCAUACUAAAGAACCACACUGUAGCGUUUGAACUCGGGUACUACUGAUGGUCAACGGACUGACCUCACCCAAGCACCGCUCACAAAGCCUGACCCACUGUUUCUGCGUGUUUGUUUUCAGUGUUUUUAAUCCGGUCCAACUCCUUGGGACUAGAAGGUCGUAUUGUUAUCACUAGUUUGAAGUAGUUGGUAUGGAAAACAUUUUAAAGUGAAUUUAGCACUUUGGUUUUGUGUUCUAACCAGCUUCUCCAUAUAAAUAGCUUAAGUCAUGGCAUGGUUUGCUUACAAGCUCAGAGUCCCUUCGUCAUCGGAGCAGUGAUCAUGGAACAAGGUAUUCCAGAAGAAAAAGCACCCCUUUCUCAAAAAUAAGAGUCGUGAUUUUUGUUUUAAAGAAGUGGAUCCAUGUAAACUCUUUUCCUCUUUUAUGAUCAGAGCAGUUAUUUUUACUCUGUAUCAGAAAUAUUUAAAGAUUUUAUUUUUAAAAUAAUCUCUACACCUAACGUGGGGCUCAAACUCACAGCCCCAAGAUCAAGAGUCACGUGCUCUACAACUAAGCCAGCCAGUCACCCCUCUAUCAGAAACACUUAAAUUUUUAUCUUUUUCUUUGUCUGAUUUAAAUUCAUAAUGAGGAGAAAUAUACUAGGCAUAAAAGGGAAGUGAAGAAGCUGGAGAAAGGUAUGUACAGGAUUAAAGUAGAGUGGAGAGGUGGGGGACAUAUCAAUGCAUAUGAACAGAACUGCGUUCUGACCCCUGAUGUCCAAGUUUGAUUUUUCAGGGAAACAAGAGAUAGUCCCAGGCAGUGUCCAUUCACAGUGCCAGUCUCGAAUGCAGAGAAACAGAACGGAGAGCCACACCCUCUUUGCGUGGUCCUUUGGACAAUCAGUCCAACUACCACUUUUCUCUUCGAAAGUGGUCGGAGACAUGGGUCUUUGCCCUACGUAAGAAUUCUGGACUGGAGAUAAAGCUCUGAUGGACACACAGUAGGGCCCGAGGUGGCGAAAUCACCUGAAAACCCCACAUUUUAGGGAAGGAGGAGCUGGCAAAGCAUUUGGAGAAGGAGUGGUCAGAGGGAAGAGCAGUGCUAAGAGAGGUGGGAAGGCGGAAGAAUGUCGGCAGGACCAGAUGCCCCUCUUGACGACAGUGCACCCCGCAGCCAACUCUGAAACUCACGGUCCCCGCCGUGCUGCUCCCCACCUCAAGAGCGUUUCUACCUCUAGCCUUUGCCUUAAGCUGCAGCCUCAAAUAUCCAAUUUGCACAUCUAAUCUUUGAAGUCCCAAAGGUACUUUAUCUUUUUUUUUUUUAAGAUUGUAUAUAUUUAUUUCACAAGCAAGAGAGCGCAAGUAGGGUGAGGGGCAGAGAGGGAAGCAGGCUCCCUGCUGAUCACCUGGGAUCAUGACCUGAGCCAAAGGCAGGCAGACACUUAACCAACUGAGCCACCCAGACGCCCUCCCAAAGCUACUUUCAAGUCCACUUCAGAACUGGAGGUCUUCCGGCUCUCCCCACCACUGCCAACCCAUGACUCCUCCCCUUAAUUCCACCCCAGCUAAUGACCUCAUCCUCCAAGCCAGAAGUCUGGACACUAUUCCAGAUUCCUCUCUCCCUUUCUGCAUCCAGUCACCCACCCAGUACUACAAAUCUGACCUCCAAGUAAUUUCUUUAAACUUAUCCCUACAACCUAUCCCUACUGUCUACUACUUCUCAACUACUGCCCUGUUUGAAGGCCUACAUUUUUUGCUACACAACUAUUUUAUUUUUUUCUUUUGUCACUGUCACAUCUAACCUCACACAGUCACCCAGUAAUCUCUAAAAUGAAAAUCUGAGAGAGACUCCUCACUCUACCUGCUGUGGCUGCAUCACCCACAGGAGAAAGCCAGGCUUCCUUGGCAUGGCAUACAAGGCCCCCCAUGCCUUCCUCGACCCCUCUGCUUGCCUUCUGCCAGGCCCCCUUCCUCACCUUUAGCAAUAGCACGCAAGCUGACUGGGAUUUCUCUGUGCUGGUGCUGCACUUCUCCCUGGAACUCUUCUCUAACCUUACCUUUUUCUUUGCACGGUGACUUCUUUCUGUUUAUGAUUUGGCUGUGGCCUCGUCUUCUCCAGGAUGCCUUCCCAAACUCCUCUCUCAACACACCCCUGGAACGUCCCUGAGCCGACCCUUCACUAAGUCAAGAGUUCCUGCUUUGUGUUGUGUACUACCUUCUCUAUUCUUCAGUUGAUGGACUUUUUUUUUUUUUCCAGAAAACAGAUGUUAAUUGACUAUGUGUUUGUCAGGUUUUUGCGUUAGGCACAAAUAGAACAGAUAGUGUCCCUGUCUUCGUAAGAUUUAUAAUCUGGAUUUCAGACACACACAGUGAACCAAAAUGCUUAAUGUGUCUAUGUUCUCAGCCUCCUGGGUCUCUCAACUUCUUCCCCCUCUUUCCUGAGAAAGAUGGAUCUCUCAGACCCGUUUUGAAUGUCUUUGAUGCAAGAGAACAGGCAGAAAACAUGUACAAAUAAACACUAAACCCAUGCACAGGAGGAUUUGGGGGGAAUGAACAAAGAGAAGGGAAUGCAAACCUAUGAGAACGGUUGAAAAUUGUGACUGGAUCCCCUUCGAUAAUUUUUUUUCUUCCAAGAGACCCAUGUUAAGAACUGAAAUACAUUUUAAAAUUAUUUUUGGCUGCUUGACACUUAUUUGAAUGAAACUCCACAUGGAGACCAGACUCUGGCGCCAGCAUUUAUAAGGCAUUUGAACCAACAGACAAUAGAAGCUGUGGUAAAUGCCUUGAAGAAGAUGGCGGAGCACAGUGAAAGAAUAUGGGGCCAGGUUGGGGAGAGUAUGUGUAUACUGAGGGCUGUCAGGGAAGGCCUUUGGCUGAGGUAACAUGAUAUUUAGCGUUCAUAUGACAGGUUCUUGGAAUGUCCAGCACUUUUGAAUAUCCCUCUAAUACCUGAAGGGUUUCCUGUGAGAAGACUUGCUCCCGGACCCCUUUUGCAACCCAAGCAGAGCUGACCUAGGCAUGGUCACACAGAACUUCAACUUGAAAGAUGAAGUCAGAAAGAUUCAACUUUAUUGUUGCAAGAAAGAUUUGCAAGACGAAGAAGGAAAUGUGCCAAAAAAACUCUGCCUACCCGGUGGUGAGAGUGGCGAACGUCCCAGAGGGAGAGCCCUGAGUUUCGAGGCCUGUGUUUGUGGAAGUUGUGUUGGUGUCAAGUGCUGGUGGGAGCAGUGGACUGUCACUAUAGCCACUCGUAUGUCUGGCUGCUGGUCUUCUUGGGGACUCUGUGGGCUGCGCAAUAUUGAUCAAGACCCGCUCUCAGCAGGAGUGGAUUCUGUUGUAACUAAGAACCUGACUGAGUCAAGCUGAGACUGGAAAGAUGAGUCCGCCAUGAUGACUCAGCGUAGGUGGGAUGAAAAUUCGGGGCAGAGGGCACCGAGGAAUGAGAGGGUUGGUUUAAGGAACCAAGAGGAAGCCUGUGUGGUAAGAGUCUCCAGAAGAGGGGACAGUGGCACUUGAUGAGAUCAGAAGAGGAGGCAGGACCCAGAGUGUAGUGUUAAAGUCAAUGGAGACUGUGGUUUAUGUAAAGUGUAACAGAAGUGGAAAUUAUUUUGGCAGGGGAAUACAUGGUCUGAUUAAUGUGUUCUGAAACUGCUCUGUGUGGGACAUAGAUUAGAAGGGCACAGGAGAGGACAUGGGAACAGUAUUAAGGUUAUGUCAUACUCCACUGUGUCUGGGUCCUUACUAAAUCAUGAACUCCUUGAAGCCAAAAACCAUGGUAAUUCAAGUGCAUAGAAGGUGCUCAUUUUAUUAAACUGAAUAAUAUAUACACAAUAAUGCGUUAUCUUUAUAACAAAUCUGCUAGGCAGGUAUUAUGCCAUUUCAUAGAUGAAAAAAACUAGUGAUUAGAGAGAUCUACGUGCUGCGUGCUAGGCAGUGUCCUAAGAAUUUUACAUACUAAUUGUACAUUAACACACUAAUCUGCACAAUAAUCUUAUCAGGUAUACGCUAUUUUAUCCCCAUUUUACAGAUGAGGCAACUGAGGCACAGAGAGGGCAUAUAAUAAGCUCUAGGUCACACAGCUAAUAAGUGGAAAAGCCAGGAUUUGCAACAGGGCGAUCUGGUUUCAGAGUCUCUACUCUUAACCACUAGAUAAGACGCCUCAUAAAAAUGCUGAUAAACUCCGUAUGUUUAUAUAAAAAUAGGAAUUUAAUGAACUAAAAUAUAAUAAGAGAACCACUAGAUAAAAAUUGAACAUAUAAUUUCCAAACUACUAAUGAAAAAAAAUCUGGAGAAAAAAAAAAACUU